AUGGAUCUCGGAUCCGUAAGACGGGGCGGGAUUAGCCCCGGAGCAGGAGAUUCUGUAGAGAGCGGCAGCCCUACCGAAGGCAUCAAGCAUGAAGCUGAAGCCACUGCACCCUCCCUGACGUCGGCGACGGCGAUGCCCAAUGGCGCAGGGGCAGGGGCAUCUGGUGCCGCGGACGCCAUGGAGACCACGGAAGCAGAAGAGGUGGAGAACGUGACCAAGAAGAGGAAAACGGGUUCAGGAAGUAGAGGUGUUGCAAACUUGACGCCGGAGCAGCUGGCCAAGAAGAGAGCAAACGACCGCGAAGCGCAACGUGCCAUCCGAGAAAGGACUAAGAACCAGAUUGAGAGGCUCGAGCGCCGCAUCCAUGAGCUUGAAGCUCAAAAACCGUACCAGGACCUCCAGGCUGUGGUACGGGCCAAGGAGGUGAUAGAAGCAGAAAAUGCUGAGAUCAAGAGACGGCUGGCUAGCAUUAUCGGCAUGCUGCAGCCUUUGUUCUCCGGCGAGAGUCUAACAAGAGCAGAUAUGCCUGGCAUCAGCCCUGCCCUCCCAUACGCCACAACACCUAUUCCCAUGACAACAACAAGCAACAUCGCCUAUCAUCCUGCAGCAUCUGCCACUUCUUCAUCGCCAGCAACAGGAAUGGUUGACCCCAUUCGCCAGGCCGCUCAACCGCCCCUACAGAGCUGGCAAAGCGGCGGUAGUAGUACACCGCCAGCACCGCGACAGCCUAGCCUAACCGACGCCGUCGAUGAAGGCACUCAAGCCCUAUUAGAGCGGCAAGGACAGACGCUUCGGCACGGAUUGGACUUUGAGCAGGGCCGCUUUGAUCUAAACGUCGUACUUGACCCUACCCAAGCUAUACCAAAGCUACAGAGGGGCGUUAAUGGUGCACAAGACACGGCUGAAUACCACCACGUCCCCAUGAAACAUGACUGGACACAAGUGAAUCCGACUUACGCACCACAGGCCCGGCCUGUGCCUGCGUGGGAGUCACCUAUUUCCAUUCCAUCAGCUACCUCAGAUACAACUCCGGCAAUAGCAUCAGCCCUGGGCAUCACUCGGCAGAGUUCUGUCACAAGCCAGCCAGGGCCUGCCUCCGGGCCAACCUCUGAUCCCAGCCCUCCCAUGGUUCCAGCAGUUCCUUAUCCCACCGCACAAGCUGUUGUUCCAGAAGCUCUCCCUCAAUUCUCUCGUCCCCUGCGCAACUGCAGUCCUACAUGUCCGCUUGACGCUCUACUUCUCGACUUUCUUAGCGAGCGGCAGCAGCGUGCCGCCGAGGGCUACGAGCCGAGUGAGGUGUCUGGCCCGCGGUAUCCAUCCGUUUCAUCUCUGCUCAAUCCAGCCAAUAGCAAAUUCAGCCAUCCAGUGUCUAGAGUUUUCACAGACAUCAUUACCAAGUUUCCCGAAGUGUCCGGCCUUCCCGAAAAAGUGGCCAUUCUGUACCUCAUGUUUCUUUACAUGCGAUGGCAGAUAUAUCCAACGAAGGAAAACUUGGAACGUUUGCCGCCGUGGAUUCAUCCAUUGCCAUGUCAGUAUGAAAUACCGCAUGCCGCGUGGAUGGACUUCUUACCAUACCCGGCGAUGAGGGAAAGAGUCAUUAGAGCCGAAAAUCCCGACCUCUUCUACUUUGACAACUUCUUUCUUCCGUUUACAUCCACCUUUUCCGUCUCCUGGCCUUAUGAGGAGGCACAUACGUUACUAAGAAACCCCGACUCUGAUGAGAUUAUGAUUAACCCCGUGUUUGAGAGCCACAUGCGAAAUUUGGAUAAUUGGAAACUGGGCAGGCUGUUUGCUGAGUCUUUUCCUAUGUUGGCUGAUACGUGUCAGUAUUGGCCCGACGCAAAUGGACAAGAAAAUGCUAAAUAA